GUAACAAUGUAUGCAUAUAAUUAUGAGUAUUGCGUGUCGGGGGAAACUAUUUCUCACACUAUGUGUGCGAGAACUUAAACAAUACUACAGCUGCUGGUACUACAUGUAUUACGCCCAAAUGCGUGCUGAAGGGAAAAUCCCAAAGCACGAAAUCGCCAAAACAACAUGGGAAAGAUGUGACGCGGUAAUCUGUAAAAGGGCAGAGAGGUUAAUUUUAGCAAAUAUCAAAAUGGGUAUAUAAUGUGAGGGGGUGGAUAUUUCUCAUCUCAGGGAAUUCCGAAACUAUUGCAAGGCCUUUAGAAACUAGCAUUUAUGCUCUGUGAUACACGGAAGUUGAAAUUAACAGGAAUUACGAUAAGUCAUUAUGUGCCAGCCAACUGUUGGACAUGUUUAAAGUUGACAAGCCGGAGUUUAUACAAGACUGUAGUGGCGGGUAGGACAUUUGAAGGCCUACUCGAGAGCUCACACUCUGCCGGAGAGCGGUAAACCGAGAAGAUUUUGUCACGCGAUGGAAAAGCAGAAGAGCAAUCCUCUGUUGUGCUUUCUGUGCAACAAGACAUUCAAGCGGCCCAAGAUACUGGAUUGCCUGCAUAGCUACUGCGAGAAAUGUCUCCAAGACAUGCAAAAGUCCAACAAACAAAGGACGGAUAACAUCCGCUGUCCAGAUUGCCGACAGAUAACGCCGGUCGGAGUUUGCGGUGCAAAGGCGAACAUUUUCCUGGCUCGACUGGUGGAGGAUGCCGCCGUUUCCGAGAUCGUGACGAGGAGCAAGUCUGCUGCCGCCGAGAUUUCUUGCAACGUGUGCAAGAAGCGCGAGGCAGCAUGCCGGUGCUCCGAGUGCGCCGUAUUUCUCUGCGUCGUUUGUCGGGCGUACCACGGCCAACUGCCAGCAACGAGCGGGCACGGUGUAUACACUCUGGAGGAGUGCCGGGCCGGUAAAGCAGGCGGUGUGACCGGCCGGUUCGACGCCCCGGAUUGCCCCGACCACACCGGGGAAAGAUGCCGGUUCUACUGCUUGACCUGCCGGAAGCUGAUCUGCCGUGACUGCACCGUGUUGGAUCGCUCCUCCAGCGAGCCCCACGAGUACACCAGCUUGGCCGCCGCGGCCCCCUUGGAAAGGCAUGCCGCCGACGCCCUACUGUCUCGCCUGGAGAAUAAAGUGCCGGACUUGGAAACCUCUCUCCAUGUUCUUGAGGAAAUGGGCCCGGCACUGAAAAAACGCAGCGAUAUGGCCAAGGCAAAGGUGCAGGCGGUGGCCAACAAAAUCAGGGAGAGCUUGGCGGAGGAAGAGAAACGCCUGCUCAAAGAGAUUCGUUUGGAAAGCCAGAAAGAACUGAAAGCUUUGAAGGAGAACCAGAACGAAGUAUCUGCCACACUCAACAACGCCCGUUCGUCCCUUAAAUCCACAAGGCUUUUUGUCCAGAGGUCCACGGAUACCGAGCUUCUCUGGCUUCACCCGACUCUCGUGAAGCAUCUCGAGGGUCUCGUCCUUAAAGAUGCGCCCGGCGAACCCUUGGCUUUGUCGUUCACAGAGAGUGAUGAUGAUAUGUCCCUGGGAGUAUUAACUAAGGAGAAUAUCACCGAGGCAGUAAAGGCAGCUGUGGAGAAAACCAAAGGAAAAGAAAAGCCUACUUCCAGGAGGGUUACUGAGAAAGCUUCCACCUCACGUCCCAAAGAGCCUACAGUAUCAUCCAAUAAAGAAAAUCCACCUCCCGAAUCCGAGGAUUGUAGCGAUUCUGAAGAUGGCAGCAAUUCUGAAGAUAGCAGUGAUCCUGAGGAUGGGAUGAUGGGUUCCUCCUCUUUGUCCGUGUCAGACAAGCCAAGCACUUUGACCAAGCAGCCAAUACCCAUUGGCCGUGACACACCUGCAGAUAGGAAAGAGCUUGGCAGACAGCCAGCAGGCACAUCAGCUCCGAAGAUGAAACCUGCUUCUGAGCCAGCUCGAAAGCCCAAAGAUGCUGCGCCACCCUCAGACAGGAUUCUAAGGUCCUCUUCGAAAGCCAACGCAACUCAAAAUCAGGCGUCUUCAAGACCAGCCAAUCGCCAGCAAGCCGGGAUCAGUGUAGCCCCAGAGCUGGGCCAGUUGACUGAGGAUGCAGUAGACAGUCCUGAUUGUGGGCAGGCGUUACAUAGAGAUGGCAUCAAUCCUAGCUUGAUGCGUGUAGCGGGAUUGGCCAAAAAACCAUCCCAAAUGACUCAGCCUGAGCAGAUUCCGACAAGACUGAGUCAACAAGAGCGUCAGAACCGAAUGCAAGCACCCACAAUGUACACAUCAGCACCAUCUAAUGACUUCAAUUACAAUCCCAACUUUGCUGCAGCUGCUGGAUUAUUUGCCUCAUCAGUACAGCACGCAAAAGAUGAGGAGCCCACACAUCCUGAUAGUGAUAGGGCACAGGAAGCUACUGUUCAUGGCGUCCAAUCACACCAGGACUAUCCUCUCAUCACGUCGCCUAACAUUCAGCGUGGGGACAUCCAACGUGUUGCCAACAAGUAUGAUACAGAUAGUGAUGAUUCAGAUCUGUAGCCAGGGCAACAAGCACAAUAUGUCCCUUUGUUCAGUGAUGAGUAAUCAACUUGAAUACAUUUAGGAACGAAAGGAACAAUGUCUUCCAAAUAAAGAAAAUGGACCAACUAUUGAUUGCAUUAAAGUGAAACAAAAUUGGGUCGGAUGGUUUAUGACUUUAUCCUUCAAACAUAAGAUGUACUCAUUCAGUAAUUAUAUGUUUUGCUUGUAAAAUGUUACUGAGGUUAAUUGUGUGUGGGAAAGAUAUGCUUUGUUACAACAGUUUUAUGUGAUGUAGUUGCCUAUAUGUAUAUGGUGUGAGGCAAGAUGUAAUACCCUUCCAGUGUUCUUAAUUAUACUUUGAAUGGAUUUGUGG